AUAGAUUCUAAGACGUAUGACAAGAGUAUGACGAAUAGUUACGCAGAAGUAUCACACAUGGAUACCGAGCUACAGCGGCUUCAGCGCAAAAUUGAGCAAUUAAAAGUGCGAAACACUAUCCUCUCACUUACUCUAGAUGAAUGUAAAGAGCAUUGCGACCAUUUGUAUCUUCUUUGUGGUAAAUAUGAAUCAAAUGCGAUUGCUUUACAAACAGCAGUAAAUUGCAGUGAUCGAGCUAUCGAAGCAUAUGAUGUCAUGUUGGCACUGUUAGAGAGCAAGUUAGCAUUGAUGACAGAAAAGUCCGUUGGUGCCGAAGAAAGUAGAAGAGCUGUAGAGAAAGUUGCACGGCACCUACUAGAUCGGCUCGAAAGUGAAAAGAAUACUUGUGAAAAUAGCUUGGGACCUUGGCAAUCUACCUUUAGUAUUCCGGACAAAGUUUGGACACCAUGGACCGCCGAUGAUGACAACCGCUUGCGCUAUCACGUUUCGAAGUUGAAAGGUCGUCGUUCGACUGUGCAAAAUACAAUUGUCAACUUGGAAUCACCAUUUAGUGAUUUGUAUGAAAAAUCGCGGAAAGCUCUCGAGUGUGGCAAAGGAAUGGUUGAGCAAGUGCAUAACGCACAAUUUGACCUCGAAAUGGCUGUAAUUAUGCAAGAGUUUUUAAAUUUGCGAGAGGAAAAUAUCAAUUUGAAGUCAAAAGUUGAAUCUGCGGAGGUAGAAAAACGUCUAGCUACUGAACGUAAUAGUUCACUCGAAGAAACAUUACAACAGUUGCAGCUGCAGCUACAGAUGCAAUUACAAAUCAGUACAGACGCCAGUAGUGCACUUUUCCAUCGCGAACAGAUAGCAGAAAAUAGGGUGUCUUACUCAGAGUCCGAACAUGUUGCGCUCACUGAACAGCAACUAGUCGAAGCGUUAACACGAGAAUCCGAACUCAAAAGUCGCAUUCAAACUUUGAUUUCAUCAGUAACCGCAUCUCAGCUUAGUGCCGAUGAACGCCACAUCCAAUUGCAGAAUAACAUUCAAGAGCUGCAAAAAUCAAAUUUAAAUUUAACACAACUUUUGGAACAAAACAAACGCAGAUAUCAAGCACGAGUUCGGAGAUUAGAACAGAAAAUCGUGGAAAUGUCCUUCGGGGUGGAUCAUAAAACUAAUGGAGAGAAAUUUUAUGUCAAUGAGAGUUGCAUUACUCGUGAUAAUUUCAGUAAAAGUAUUACAGACUGUGAGCGCGUAUCACAGCAGCCUCAAUGCUUAAAAUCAAAAAACUCUGAAGUACUAACAUAUGAGUCGCAACUAAAAAUACAAGAGAUCGUGCCUGAGACUACUCUUUAGAAUAGUAAAUAGCAGAACAAUGUUUGCAACAAUAAUUGCAAUUGAGUUCAGUUUCCUGUUAUUCUAGCCUACCAUACGCCAAAUUGAAUCUUAAAUUUCUACAUUAAUCUAAUCCAUUCAAGUGUGCCAUUUAUCGCGUUAAUUUACCGCUUCGCUUAGCUAAUCGGGCGCCUAUGUGCCAGAAUGAAUGACAACGUAUAUG